UCUUUUUUUCGCCCGGGUUUUGCAAGAAUGGCUCGGCGAUGUAUUAUGGUUGGUUUUUGGUUUUUGCUUUCUUUUCUUGAUUUAAUAGCAUAACUGCCUUUGUUUUUCAAAAGCCAUCAGACGAAAUGGUUGCAUGGAUCGCAUUGUUCAUCAUUAAGAUGUUUUUUCUUCCUGUUUUCGAGUGGUCAACCGACUGUUUUCCUAGUGUUCCGGAAAUUUUGGCUCUUGACAAGCCUGUCUUCUCUUCUGUUUCUGUUUUUCGUUGUCUAUUUGUUUGCCGACAGCCUGACUUCAUUUGCAUCAUUCCAUUCAGCGCUGUGACUUCGUUUGAACCUCCGGGAACUUGGCAGAACCAUCUGGUAUUCGGUGGGCAUGUUUCAUUGCAGGUUAGCGGAUCACCAAAUUCUCCGAGAGGGUCAAUUCAAGUAAUUGAAUCUGAACCGUCGGGAAUAUCGGGCAGGUCUGCCAUACCUGCAGGGAGCUUCCCACUCGAAACUAGGUAGAGCUUCACCAUUUUCCUCGGGAGGGUCAACAAUUCCCGCUGAGUGGACG